CUCUAUGCCGCCUUCGCUCCCUUGCUGAUCUCCACUGCGAAAUCCGCACAGGACGAGUCUUACAAGAACUUGUCCUACAAGCUCGUUUGCUACACGGCGGAAACGGUCCUGCUGCAGCAGGACUCUGUCUCGUGCGUCAACCGCACACUGGCUCUUCAGAAUGG